AGAAGUCGUUGACCGAAAUGACUGAAAGGGAUUGGCGUAUAUUCAGAGAGGACUACAACAUCGCCAUCAAAGGCGGCAGAAUUCCCAACCCAUUGAGGAGUUGGGCCGAAGCGGGUCUUAACAAAUCCAUUCUCGAUAUCAUCGACGGAUGCGGUUAUAAAGAGCCGACGCCUAUCCAGAGACAGGCCAUCACUAUUGGCCUUCAGAAUCGCGACAUCAUUGGUGUCGCUGAGACCGGCUCUGGAAAGACAUUAGCAUUUUUGAUACCACUUUUGGUAUGGAUCACAUCAUUGCCAAAGAUAGAGAGACAGGAGGACAUAGAUCAGGGCCCAUACGCUAUCAUAAUGGCGCCGACCAGAGAGUUGGCCCAACAGAUCGAGGAGGAGACCAUCAAGUUUGCGGCGGCGCUCGACAUACGCACCGUCGCUGUGAUCGGAGGCAUAUCGCGCGAAGACCAGGGCUUCAAACUAAGACUCGGUGUGGAGAUUGUGAUCGCAACGCCCGGCCGUCUCAUAGACGUGUUGGAGAACCGGUAUUUAGUGCUCUCGCGCUGUACUUACAUCGUGUUGGACGAAGCGGACCGUAUGAUCGACAUGGGCUUCGAGCCCGACAUACAGAAGAUCCUC